AUGGUGUUUGAAAGGAAGCAGAAGAGAAGAAAUCUAGAUGGUGUUGAUGCUCUGGAUCGUAUAUCCCAAUUGCCAGAACAUAUUAUACACCACAUCCUCUUCCUCAUGCCCCAUAAAGAUGCUGCUCGUACCACUGUUUUGUCCAAGUCAUGGAAACAAGUGUGGAACUCACUGCCCAGGUAUGAUUUCACAUUCUGUGAUGGAACGUAUUAUGAUAAUAGCCCAGCUCACUUUGAGAAGAAAAUCGAGAAAUUUGUUAGGUCUGUUAAUGAAGAUUUGUUACCACUCCGUGAGCACAAGACAACAAUCCAAAUUGUCCAACAGUUUAGGUUGAGGAUGACCCUUUGUCAUCACAAAUAUGCCUCUCGUAUUGAUAACUGGAUUAAAUUGGCUAAUAGAAAUCUCAUGGAAUCGCUAUACCUUGAGUUGACCAGCAUGAACAAAGUGGGAAGGUAUGUUUUGCCUAAGACAACCUUUUUUGUUGAAUCUUUAGCCGAAUUAACGUUGAAGGGUUGUAAAGUGUUGGGAAACUAUUUUGGUGACGAUAUGAUUAAGUCUAUUUAUUUGCGAAAGCUGACUCUAGAGAGAGUUGACGUUAAUUAUUUGACAAUAACAAAGAUCCUACGUUGCUGCCCUUUGCUUGAGGAAUUCACUCAAUCGAAUUGUUGCGUGAAAGCGAAACGUGUUCACAUAAAUUAUGCUCCCAAGCUUAAGAAGGCUAAAUUAUAUGGAGUCAAAAAGAUUAAGAUUGAAGCUCCUAAUCUUGAAGAACUAUACUGUAGGGGUGAUCCUGGACGAUUGGACUCAGAUUCGUUUGCUUGCAACAAUGUAAAGAAACUGAAAAUAUCAAUGUUCGAAACUUCUAAAUUGUUUGAGGACCUUAAUUCUAAGUUUCCCCUACUUGAGACCUUGGACUUGCAAUUCUACGACUCCAAACUUAAAAUUUCCAGUGAUAGACUUAAGAGUUUAAGUUUGUUAUGUCCUAAUAAACAGUUGCCGAUGCUUCAGAUUUCCUUUUCUCCCGAGGAGUUAAGUAAAGAUCUACCAAUUCCUCCAAUUGCAACUGUUGAGCACUUGGAGUUGGGAAAUGUUCCUAUAAUGCAAGACUAUACAGCUCUUUUAGAUGGCUUAUUAUGGAGUUGUCAUCCAAAAGUCCUGUUGAUACGUGCAGAUUCAGAAAGCAAGGAAUUCGUAAAUUUCUUAUCUGAGACACUAGUUAUCAAAGAAGAAGAGCCAAAAUGCUGCGGUGAUAGUCACAUGAAGUGUUGGAGGCAUUACUUAAAGGCUGUCAAGUCAGAACCAUAUUUGGAUGGGAUGGAGUAUGUGAAGGUUUGUCAUUGUGAUGCUUUAUCUGAUUCAAUUUCAGCACUUGAAAUAUGCCACUGA